UCUCACACUCCCCUUUCUCCCCUUACAAAAAAAACCAAUACUCCAUUUCCCUUUCUCCUCUCUUAAUUGAUUUCCUGAAGCAUGACGAGCUCCUCCGCCGCCGCUCGCAAGGCGCUGAGCAAGAUUGCUUGCAAUCGCCUCCAGAAGGAGCUGGUAGAGUGGCAGGUCAACCCUCCCGCCGGUUUCAAACACAAAGUCACCGAUAAUCUCCAGAGGUAGAGUUGUUUUGAGUCAUUCAAAGGCUGCUUUUUAUCUUUUCUGUUUGGUUUCUGAGAAAAUUCGGGAGAAAACAAACGAAUAGGAGAGAGAAAUUUUGGAUCUUGUUCUUUAUGAUCUUUCCGGAUUUUUCAGAAUGUAUAUAAAUGGAAAAUCUUUGGAUGUUUUAUGUCCUUACCAUCAAUUUUAGAGGUUCUCUGAUAUGUGCCCCUAAUUUGUCCCUCUAUAUUCACUAUAUACAUUGUUUGCAUUACAUGUUUAAUAUUUCCUGUUGAAAGGUGGAUCAUUGAAGUAAAUGGAGCUCCUGGAACUCUAUAUGCAAACGAAACCUACCAGCUUCAGGUUGAUUUCCCUGAGCAAUACCCGAUGGAAGCCCCACAGGUUAUAUUCCUUCAUCCUGCACCUUUGCACCCUCAUAUUUAUAGCAACGGACAUAUUUGUUUAGAUAUCUUGUAUGACUCAUGGUCCCCUGCCAUGACAGUUAGUUCUAUCUGUAUCAGCAUUCUCUCCAUGCUGUCAAGCUCAACAGUGAAGCAACGUCCUGAAGACAAUGACCGCUACGUAAGGAACUGUAGAAAUGGCCGGUCCCCAAAGGAGACCAGGUGGUGGUUCCAUGAUGAUAAAGUCUAGUCACCAGGGCACAUCUUAUUUCACCAAUUGUGUAAGUUAGUUUAUAGAUGGCUUCCUUUCUUAAAAGGACAAAUGGGAAACAAAGUGGAGAAGAAAGCAUUUUCCUUACCCAAAAUGCUUAAUAACUCUUGUAAUGGCACAUGCCUGGUAUUUGUAAAGGAAGAAACUCUUUCUGGUUUUACCAACUUGUAAGGAACAAACUUACUUAUCUCUUGCUGGGUAAACCAUGCAAGAGAAGCAUGGUACUUUAUAACUUAUAAGCGCAUUAACUCUAGACCAUUGUCAGAAU